AUGAAGCUCCAGGUUCUCUUCUCUGUUCUCUUCGCGCUUGCCGCCGUCGGCGCGCCCGUUCAAGCCCCGCCUCGAGCUCUUGCUCGCCCUGCCAAGCGUGACUUCAACCUCAAGACCCACGCUGCUGGCGACAACAAGGCUCGCCGCGAUGUCGGCUUUGAGGACCUCGACUGGUCUUCCCUUGGUGCCAACGUUGGCCACGACGCCCCUGGCCAGGCCAAUGCUGGUCCCGAGUGGCCCCACGGCAAGCGCGUUGUCCCCACUGUCCCUGUCAAGUCCCUCAAGCGCGACCAGCUCGCUCCCGCCCAGGCCGCUGCGGGUGGCGUUGAGCAGCGCAAGUCCAAGUUCCGCCGCUCGCACCACCACCGCUACCCCACCUACGACACCGACUGGAGCACCGACACUGAGGACGAGUUCUACCGCACUCAGCCCAUGCCUCCCAACGCUGGUGCCCCUGCCACUGGUGUCUCCAACGGCAUUCCUCCUCGUCCUCCCCGCCGCCGCGCGCCCCAAGCCGGUCCCUACCGCGGUGGCUACUUCAACGGCUACGACUCGGACUCGGACUUCUGGACCGACUCUGAGAACGAGCUCCUCUACCCCGUUGGUCGUCCUGGCACCGUUCCUGCUGCCGCGCCUGGCGCCGUUGCCAAUGGCCGCCGCGCGGUCGUUCCCGCCGAGUCCCCCAACGGCGGUGUCCCCGGUCACGUUGCUGGCAACAACGCCGGUUUCCCUGACCACGACCACCCCGCUGGCGCCCCUGUGCCUCCUGGCCUGCCCACCCCUGCCCCCAUUCCCAUGACGGGCGCUCGCAACCCUGGCCGCCGCCAGCGCAUCCCUCCCAACUCCCAGCAGAGUGCUCCCACUGGCCCUCCCGCCCCCAACUCGUACGACUCUGAUGGCCACCUGCGCUACAACUCGUCCGAGGAUGAGUCGCGCUUUGCGCCUUCGGCUGCUGGAGCUGGCGGCCGUCCCCUUCGCCGCCGCCAGCGUGCCUCUCCCAGCACCCAGCAGGGCACUGGCACUGGCUUCCACGCUCCCAACUCGUACGACUCCGACGGUCGUCCCCGCUACAACUCGUCUGAGGAUGAGUCGCGCUUCCCUCCCACUGCUUCGGCUGGCCGUCGCCCCCCUCACCGCCGCCAGCGCAUGCCCCAGCAGAGCGGCGGCACCGGUCGCCCCCACCCCAACGACUACGACUCUGACGGCAACCCUCGCUACAACUCGUCUGCCGACGAGGCCCGCGUUGCGCCUUCGGUCCCGGGUGGUGGCCGCCGCCCUCCCCACCGCCGCCAGCGUGCCGCUCCUUCCACUCAGCAGGCUGGUGCUGGCAACGGCUCUCUCGUUCAGCAGCCUGGUGUGACCAACGGCUCUGCCUUCCGCCAGCCCAACUCGUAUGACUCGGAUGGCAACCUUCGUUACAACUCCUCUGAGGACGAGUCUCGCUUUGCCCCUGCUUCCUCUGGCGGUCGUCGCCCUCCUCGCGCUCGCCGCCAGCAGCGCGUCGCCCCCACCACCCAGCAGGGCAACGGCAGCAACCCCGUCUUCCAUGCUCCCAACUCGUACGACUCUGACGGCAACCUCCGUUACAACUCUUCGGAGGACGAGUCGCGUUUCGCCCCGGCCGCUGGUGGCCGCCGUCCCCCUCGUCGCCGCCAGCGCGUCCCCCACCUGGCGUACGACUCCGACGGUCCCUACUACACAACCACUGACGACGAGUACGGCAUGCGCGUUCCUCCUCCCCGUGUUGGCCCUGCCGCCGGUCCCCUUCCGCCCGCCGCUGGUGGGGCUCCCCCUGGCGCCCAGUCCGGCGGGAUCCUCUCAGGCCUGCUCUCGGGCAUCGGUCUUGCUGCUGCCAAGGACACCCAGGGUGACGGCACCAGCGGCAACGCCACCGUCAACGCUGGCUCCAACGGCAACGCCACCACCAAGACCGACAAGGCUGCCUCCAUGGCUGCCUCCAAGCGCCAGCUCGACCCCGACUUUGGUCUCAACGGUGAGGAUGAGCUCCCCUGGUGCUGCUAG